AUCCGGAGUGCGGGAUCGGACCGGACCGGAUCGGAUCGGUGCGGAGCGGAGCGGAGCGGAGUGAGGGAGAGAGGGGAAGAGGGCUGAUCAGCGGCUCCGCCAUCCGGACCAUCCCCCUGGCCGGGAUCUGACAGUGAGAGAAAUAGAAGCAGCUCCAGCCCCAGCUCCAGCUCCAGCUCCAGCCAUGGACUCGGUUAUUGGGGAAGACCCGACUUUACCGUUAGAUUUUAACGGCAGCUCCAAUGUCUCUAAACUGCCAGAUAUCACUGUUGCUGCAGCCAACAGUCCUGUCAAAGAAAAUUCCCUUGUGCUCCCGAAUAUUACUAGUGGGAAAUUGUCUCCAGUUCGUGCUCGUACCAUGAAAGAAUUUGAAACGGAAAUCACUGAGCUAAAGAAAGAAAACUUUAAUCUCAAACUUCGAAUCUACUUCCUGGAGGAGCGGAUGCAACAGAAGUUUGAUUGUGGCAGCGAAGAUAUUUUUAAGAUGAAUAUUGAACUCAAAGUGGAAUUGGAGAGUUUGAAGCGUGAACUAAAGGAGAAACAAGGACUUCUUGUCAAAGCUUCAAAAGCAGUGGAGAGUUUGGCUGGCAACAAUGAUGCAGAAAUUCAGCGUGUGAAAGAUGGAGCCCAGAAAGAGAUACUUCAGGUUAAACAGCUCCUCAGUAACCAGAUCCAAGUCUUGGAGGAGGAUGUUAAAACUACCCAGGAAGAAUUGGAAAAGAUGGCUGCUAUUGCAGAGCAGGAGAAGAUUCGGAGUAUCAGCCUGGAGAAGCAGAUUCUAACAAUUAACAAACAGAACCGUAUGGGAUCACCUUUACCCCCAGAGCAGACCAAGAACCGCACAGAGACUGAACAGCUAAUUGAUCAGCUAAAUGAGACUAUAAAGAGCAAAGACGUUCUUAUUAAUCAGCUUCAAAAUGAAAAGGCAAAGAUGCAGGACAGUCAUGUGAAUCCUUCAGAAAAGAUCCAGGAACUCACUGAGGCACUUCUGAAGAAAGCUGGUGAAUCUGAAGCCCUUCGAGGUGAACUAGGAAAUGAGAGAAAUCGCUUUGAAAAGGAAAUGCAGAACCUGGUUGAAAAACAGAGGCAACUGGGACAACUGGAAGUGGAAGCCAAGCAGCUAAAGGAUGACCUUGAGACUGCUGAUGUUACUAUUAGUACUCUGCAAGAAAAGUUGAAGAAAGCAGACGGUGCAAAUAAGAUUCUUCAAGAGCAUGCUAAUGAAAAGGAGAAUGAGCUGGUUGCUGAGAAGCAGAACAGUCUGAAGCGAGAUAAAACUAUUCAAGGACUGACUCUGGCUCUGAAGGCCAAGGAUAAAGAGAUAGAGGAACUUUGUCACGAAAUUGAGGACCGAGAUAAUACUCUAGUAAAAGCCAGAGAUUCUAUACAUAAAGCACAACUGCAAAAAUUUCAGGGAGCAGAAGAAUAUCAAAGUCUCAUGACUGAGAAAGAAACUGAGCUUGCAGAGCUGCGUACAGAUCGCAAUGGAAGAGUAAUGGAGAUCCAGAAAUUGCAAAGAGCACUGAACAGGCGAGAGCAGGAGCUGAAUGACUUAACUGAAGCAAAGGAUCAGCUAGAGGAAGAAAUGGAAGGGCUGCAGCUUCAAAAAGCAAAGGACGACAAGACCAUUAAUGAUAUUCAAAAUCACAUUCAAAAACUGGGUGCUGAGUUGACAGAGAAGGAACGUGCAAUGGAGCACAAGUACCAAACUCUACUGACUGAGAACAAGCAGAAACUACAGAGCCAAGAACUAGUCAUUGAGCGGCUGACAGACAGUUUAAACAACAAAGAUAGACUGCUCCAGGAUUACAUGGAGUUGGCAAAAGGAGUUCAGCAAGGAGGGGAUCAAAGCCCAAAUGGAAAGGAUGCUUUGCUAGCUAAACUGCGUGAUCGUCUAAAAGAGAAAGAUCGAGCUCUUGAGCAAGCCAUUGAUCAAAAACAUGCAGCUGUUGACGAAAAGGAGAAUGAAAUUCAACAGCUGCAUCUAGCUUUGAGAGAAAGGGAACAUGAUUUCGAUCGACUGAAGAGUCUCCUUGCCAACAAUGAAGAAACCAUUAAUCGCUUGGAUGGUAUGAUUAAAGAAAAAGACGUGGAGCUGCAGCAUCUGGCAAAUACAUGCAAGAAUUUGCAAAGAGCAAAACAGGAGUUGGAGGAUAAUCAAGCACAGUCUCUCCGUGAGAAGGAUGCCAUUAUUUCACAGCUGCAGCAGUCUCUAAAAAAUAAGACUGAAAAUUUGGAGGAGAUGACAAACUCAUUGCUGAGCCAGGCUCAUUGUGGCACCAAAGACUUGGCAGAGCAAUUGAAUCAGCGCUUAAAGGUAAAAGAGAAGAUGCUGGAGGAUGCUUGGGCAGAGAAAAAGCAGCUGAGUGCAGAGCAUGAGAAGGAGAUUGCAGAUCUACUAAACGCCAUUAACAGCAAGGAUCAACUCCUCAAAGAGGCAUCAGAACGUUAUAAUCGCCGUCUAUCUGAACUCAGCCGUGAGAGUCGGGGACUGAAUCGUCAAUGUGCUGAGAAAGAGCAAGACGACUUUGGCCUGUUGAAACAUGACUGUCUGUUAAACCAGGAGCAGAUACUGGAAAUGGCUCAACUUAAAGCUGCUCUAGAUGAAAAGGAUAAGAUUAUUAACAAGCUAAUGGAACAUGGACAAAAGAAAGACCAGUACUUUGCACAACACGAAACACCAAACCCCUCGCAUAUUCUUGAGCUGAAACAAACAAUACAAAUACUGCAAGAACAACUGCAUGAGAGAAAAGCUGAAUUAAAUCAACAUGAGCCUGCAGAAGAUGAGAUUCUCAUUAAAAUGCCCCAACAUGAGAAGAGCUCAGCCAGCCUGAAAAGAGAACUCGCUGAAAAAACUGAAGAAUUAAACAGCACCUUAAAGAAAGAAAACAAAGCAAAAAUGGAAGUGGCCCGACUCAAGUCGUUUGACAAAUUGGAGAAAGAUAUUCAGACACUGGUUGCAAAUGUUGAGUCAUUGUCCAAAGUCAUGCUGACCAAGGAUGAAAUUAUUAAAGAUCUUCAGUCUAGACUUUCUUCCUCUGAGGUAAAGGGAGCGGAGCAGUUUACAACAGAGGUAAUUGUGCUGAAGGAUGAUAUCCAGAGACCUGAUCACCCUCCAAGAGAAAGAACUAUCAUCGGUGGAGACAGCCAGCAGUCUGUCCCGACUUUAGAAGAUCAGAUGUCAAAGGAACACUUGCAUCAUGUACUAAAAUCUGAACAGCAGCUCUACUCGAGACUGAUCAAAGCAGUGAAAGAACCAGACAGCUGCAGUCGCAUCCAAGCCUUGCAGAUGGAGCUGACAGCCAUUCAGUUGCUACGACAACAGCUUGAGGAAAGCAUUCAAAUCAAUCAAAAUCUACAGAGGAACUUGGAACAGCAAAUCCAGGAAGCAAAAAGAAAAGAAGACACUGCAUCCAAAGCGGACAUGGUUGACUUUAGAGAGAUUGAGACUCUACGACACCAGUUGGAAGACACUCAGCGCUGGAAUGUGUCUCUGCAGUCCCGACUUGGACAGAUGCAGGCUAGAGCUGGCGGAGUGGGUGCAGCCAAUGAUUCCGGUGACACAUUUACAAGCUAUGGAGACCAGACUUCAUAUCUCAGCAUCUGCCUGGGACCGUUUGAUGAUUUGGAGCAGGAAAUAGUAAAACUUUCCCUGCCAGAGCUCAGACAAAAGGUCAUUGAACUUCAGAAGUGUUUAAAAGCAUUGCAAGCCAACAAUCAGGAGCUGCAAGAUAGAAUUAUUAUGUCAGAGCAUUCCACUUUGGGCUCUGACAGCCAAGAAAAACAAGAUGUACCAACAAUGGCUGCUCAAAUAAAGCUACUUAAUCAAAGGCUAGAAGAAUCAGUGAAAAUGAAUGAAGUCCUUCAGGAGCAGCCACAAAGCCUUAACCAGAUUGACACCCAUCAUUUGGCCAUGUCCAAAGAUGACAAAUGUAUACAGACCACUCCUGAAGUUAAACCGGCAUCCGAGAUUGAGCCAGAGCAGCAAUCUGCCACCCAUGGCCUAAGGACAGCUACUGAGAAAAAUCGGGAGCUGAAUGUUUCAGUGGCACCCAGUGACUCUGUUGCUGAUAAUAGUUUAGAGUCUGCAAAGUUAAUGAAGGACCUGAGCAAGAUUAAUUGUGAAUUGGAAGAUAAACAUCAACAGCUGCAAGAAGUGCAGAGACAGCUGGAGAUGACAGAAUGCCAAUUGCAUGAAAUGGAGGCAAAGCAGCUCCAAAUGGAGGAAGAAAUUAACGCAAUGAGGUUAUUGAUGGAGGAGAAUGGUGUAUCAUCAGUAUCUGAUUUCAAGAGUGAAGUUGGGAACUUGAGAACAAAGAUAAUUGAAUUACGAGAUCAACAUGGAGAAGACCUGUCAAUAUGUCAAAAUGAAGACACUGGGGAAGAGACCAGUGAUGAGAAUGAAGACAGCGUAAGAAAGGAAGUUCAGAGAUUAAGGAUUGAACUGAAAAAUCGCAGGAAGAUCCGUAACCUUCUUGAGCAGCAAGUAGAACUUAACUGCUGUGGAGAAGGUGAAAAUUGUUUCAACCCUGACUUGAUUGUAAACAUGGCCAACGAGAUUGAACACCUGAAAGCUGAACUGGAAAUUGCCAAUCAAGAAAUGACAAGCGUGGACAGAAGUCUGAAAGAAGUGAACGCUAAAGAGCGGGAGGGAUUCCAAGGAUCAAAGCUGCCACGGUCAGAAUCUUUGGAACUUGGAAACAGCGAGGGCAAGGCCACAGAGCAGGAGCCUGCUUUAUCUGCAACAACCAGUACUAGGUCUCGCCUUCCUGUCCCACUAAGGCGACCAAGGUCAGUCAGCAACGUGAGCAUUGCCGCCUCUAGUCAAGAUAUUCCUCCUGACCAUCAACACACUGAUCAGUUGAGGACAGUAAUGAAAGACUACAAGCGGUUGCAGAGUAAGUUGUAUGCAGCUGAGGCAACACUUGUCAGCCAGGCAGAGAAGUUAAAGCUUCAUUGUAUUCCUUUGCAUGCUGAAUUAUCUUUGAAACAAGAUGAUAAAGAGGUCCAGGUGGAUGUUCAGGACCUUGGUUAUGAAACCUGUGGAAAAAGUGAAAAUGAUGCGGACAGGGAUGAGAGCAGUAGCCCAGACACAGUCAGUCAUUUACCAGGCCAUCACUAUGGUGACUCAGCCAUUCCUUCCCUACUUAAAUUAAAUCGCCGUUUCUUCUCUAUGGAAAAUCUUGAUACAAACUCAUCAACUUCGUACCCAAGUUCACCAAGUUUGAUUUCACCCAAAAUCAGCUUGAAGAACCUUGAUGUAUUUGAUGACUAUGGACAGACAGAUGACGUGAAUGAGCUCAAACUUCAAAUUGCUGAGCUAAAGGAACAAAUUGAGAAGUACCAGAAAAUUAUUCGCCAUCUGCAGGCUUGCAUGCGCAAAAAUUCUCUAUCCAGUGAACAGCUGACUGUCUCAGAUCAUAGCCACCAAGCUACAAUGAGAGGUUCAUAUGAAGGACACUCUUUGGAUUCGAUUCAAAAGGAUGAUGAUAGUAACCAUAGUCAGAGAAGACAUUCCAUACAGUCUCCAGACCUAUCUGUUCAAAACACCCAGAAGAUUGGAAAUCUUUCUAACCAUGAGUCAAGAUCACCGAGUAUGGAUUUUGGAAGCCAGAGUGAAAAAGGAGACUGGCUGGUAUCUAACUAUCCCCAGGAUGAACAGCAGGUGCAAAAGUUAAAGGAACAAAUGGAACAACUGGAAGAUCAGUUGCAGAAAGAGAAGGCAAGGAAUGAAGAGCUUCAGGAUCGGCUGCAUCAUCUUCAAACUAAGUUGGCCGCACCGUCACCAGCUCAAAAAUAUGAUUCGCUGGUGCAGUCACAAGCAAGGGAGCUCUCACACCUUCGACAGCAAAUUAAAGAAAGCUUUAAUAUCUGCACUUUGCACCACCAGACUCUGGUGGAUCUUACCAAAGCCUUCGAGAAGCUGCUGCAGGCCAGUGAUGUUGAUUAUUACGUUGGUGAAGCUUUUCGUGACCAGCUAAACCAGAGUUUACAGCUGGUGGAAACGCUAGAGAACAAGUUUGAUGGCGGGGACGUAUCUUCGGUUGAUGGAGACCGCACACUUCUUGAUUUCUCUCAAAGUCCUCACAGCCUGCAAUAUGAAGUUCUCCACCUUCGAAAGCAGCUAGAAAAUGAGCGCAAACAGCUGCACAAGCAGCUGAAUGAACUUCUGCGUGAGAAUCAAGCCUUGUCACAGGCAACUAAAGAACAACAUGAGCAACUUUCAAAAGAGGUACAGGAAAAGAACAAAAUAAUUUAUUGUCUGCAGCAACAGUUAAGUCAUCAAUCAUAUGUGCCAUCCACCAGCCAAGUCUCUUCAGAUUCUGAGAUGUCUGAUGGAAACUCUAUUAGUUCACCUGAAAGUCGAUCAACUACAUCUGAACCUCCAUUCACUGGUGAAAAUAAAAGUAAGAGCCGUAACAGUAGACAGCGAAGUUUUCAAAGGAGACUGUCACACAGGUCACCAGGUCUCCCAGCAACGAAUGCAAGCACAAAUUUGCAGAAUGAUCCACAGAAUAAAGAAGCAAGCCUGACAUCUGGACUUUCUACUCCGGAUGGAAAGACACAACUUCAAGAGAAUGUGGAAGGAAUCCCAGUGCCACACGAAAUGUUGUCCACUCGUAGCUGGCCAAUUGAGUAUGCCAGUGCUCAAACAUCCUUGCUUAAUCAAAGAUUGCUUGAGCUCCAGAAAGAGAACUCUGUACUUCGUGAGCAGUUGGUGAACAAGGAAGAUUUGAAUGAGACUCUACGGACAGAACUUGAUUUGCAUCGCUCCAUUUUAACAGAGAAUCAACAAAACAUUGAUAACCAAAUUGCCCAUUCACUUAAUCACAGGGACCGAUCUUUAAUAGCAAAUAAGCAAAUUUCAACUUCCACAGAGCCAGAAAAAGACCUUGGCCUAAGUGCUGCAGACUUACUAGCCGAACACCUUCAUGAAAUACGAAGUUUAAGGCAACGCUUGGAAGAAUCUAUUAGAAAUAAUGACAGAUUAAGACAACAACUGGAACGUCGACUUGCUGAAUCUGAACAUGAUCCAGCUUCCACAAAUAUUUUCAUCCACGGCACAGAAGAGCACAGUCAUCUGGCAGAUGAGAUUCAUUAUGUGAAGGAACAAAACAAAGCUUUAAAGGAGCAGCUGACAAGAAGCUCCAAAGACAAACAGAGAGAAAAUGAGAAACUAAAAGAAUCUCUUUCAAAGAAGACUGCUGCCACUGAACGCCUGCGUAGUGAGUGUGAACGUGCAAAGAGGGAAAAUAGUCGAUUGCAAACUAAAGUUACAAAUGCUCAUGAAGAAAGCAGAAGGCUGAAAAAUGAGCUGCACUGCAGUCAUGAUGAAAUCAACAGACUACAGCGAGAACUUGGCUUACAGAGUCAGCUAUUCACAGAGAACCAGCAGCUACUGCAGUCAUUACGAAUGGAACUUCGAGUAUAUGAGCAGCUUGAAGAAAGGAAAACAGAGCCUGCACAACAGAUGAGCCAUGCAUCGGUGAAAUAUUUUCAAGGAUCUAUUGAUUUGAGUGAUCUCUUGACCGAGAUCCAUUGCCUACGGAUUCAGUUGGAGAGAAGCAUUCAGACAAACACUGCUUUACGUCAGAAGCUUGAAGAACAACUUCAACAAGGACAGUUCAAAAAUGAAGGCAGUCCUUCCACUAUUAAUAUAAACUAUCUCUUGGCAAGAGAGCAAAGACAUUCUGGGAAAAGACACUUGUUUCAAGGCUUUGAAGCUGACGUGUCUGUUUCGGCUGAUGAUGGAAAAGAAAAUUUCCAAUCUCAUGAAUUUCCAACAUCACCAAAAUCUGCUAAUAUCCCUGCAGAUGUCAAUAUUGCUGAUGGAUCAAUGUUCGGUAUCCCAGGAAUCAGAGCACUGCCAAAAGACGAGUAUGAUGGUUCCUCACAUUACAGUGACAGUUCCAUAGAAAAUCUAUCACACAAGCCUUCCAGAUUCAUACCAGCGCAUUGGAUGUGGGCAGACAAAAAUGGGCAAUAUGUGCUUGGGUCAGUAGGAACUUACAGUGUACUGCGCAAACAAAUCUCCGAGAGCCGUUCACUGCUUCAUGGAAUGGACACACGUCUUGGAGAUGUUGCUGCUUGUCAGAGUACUAGUGCAAAGGAACCAGGUGAACCUUUGUUAAAGUACUUGUCCUCAACUGUAAGGAGCAUGAAACAAAUGUUUGAGGAAGCAGGACACUUGCUAAAACGCUUCUGGAGGGUCUCUUUACCCAUCCCUGCUGCCAACUCUAGUCAUCAUACACAGGAAAAAACUGUAAGGGAUGAAAUCUAUUGGCUACGCAAGAAAUUGACUGAGCAGGAGAAACUUUUGCAUGGCACUGUUAAACGUCUUCGUACGACUAACCAGAUUAAGGAGGGCAUGGAGAAAGUCAUCAUUAACCAAUUGUCAUUAACCCAUGAUGUUUUGAAGAAAGCUAGAGGAAAUUUGGAGAUGAAUCAUUACAUGGUUUUUGAUCUGAAAGGCUUUCCAAAGCAAAGUGAAGCAGACCCAACCUUCCGAAGCUCAGCCAGUAAAUGGAAACUAACUAAUACGGUUCAUACAGCUGCCUUUAAUUGGGGUUCCAGUGAAGAGGCUUGCUCUACUCCUGAAGAAAAGUUUGACUCUCUGACCUCAUCAUUUUGCAGCUAUUGAAAAUAAUUUCUUCAAGUAGCCUGUCAAUUUGCAAGUUGAAUUGCUGAUUUUUUUUUUGUCUGGAGAUUAGCUUUUUUGCACAGAGGUGCAGAACUGUUUCUGCAUGUCUACCUGUAAAAAUAUUAGAUGUAACCUUGAGUACUUGUCAGAAACUAUAGCAAUUGGAACAGGACAGAUAAAAUGUUGCAGAUUUUAAAAAGAGUGAAGUUUUAAAGGGAUUUUUUAAAGUGAGACUGUAGUAAUUGACAAAAUAAUGUAGAGCAUCAGAAAUGUUGAAGCAUUUCAGACCUUUUUUUUUAGAAGAAACCUUUGUACAUUCCCUCAGUUCAGCAAUAAUUGUAGUGUGUAAAAAUCAAUUUUGUAAAUAAUCCAAGGGUUGUGAGUGUGACCUGCUGCAGGCUGUGAGGUUAUUGUAUUGUGCUGUUGUAUAAUGUUCCUUUCCUGGUAUUCAGAUGUUUGCAAGAUACUGCCUUGGCCUUAUUCUUUUUAAAUAGCCUUGUUUGUGUUUUUAUUGGAAAGAAUGUAUGUAGAAGAUUUCAAAUUGUGAAAAGAAGCCUGCCUUACUGUACAUUUUACUAGAAUGUAUGGACUUCAAUCUGUUCUCUAUUUUUCAAAAUACACUUUAUCUGAAUUUGU